AUGGCCACCAAGCGAAAUGCCCUGGGGAUUUUGAUGGGGAUCGAGUUGGUCCUCAAUGGUGCGAUUGUCAAUUUCGUCGGCUUCGCGAGUCCCUACUUCCGCGAUGAGAACCUGGGGUUGGACGGGCAUAUGAUCGCGUUGUUUGUGAUUGUCCUUGCGGCGGCAGAAGCGGCUGUAGCUUUGGCGAUUGCUUUGAACUUCUACAACAACCACGCGACGAUCGACGUCGAUCGUCCACGACUAGGGCAACGUGGGAAAGGUUCGGCUUGGGUUGCCACGGGGGCUAUCUUGGCGUCGACGCUUCUUUCAUUCUUUGCGGCCACGGUUUGGUUCGCCGCGUACGAAACGCCGACUCCGCAUCAUGGAGCGAGCGAGCAUCACGACCAAGCGCACGCAGCGACGGACGACGUCGCCAUUGAGCACGUAGAAGCAGAGCAUCAUUUGCCGCCGAUCCUAACUGGCGAGGGAUACACGCUGGCCAGCUUUGAUGGCGUGAGCGUGGGGAUCAAUUAUUACAUCGACGCGCUGACGAUCUUGAUGUUCUGCAUGGUGACGUUCAUCGCGACAUGUAUCCAUUUCUAUUCGAUGGGGUACAUGCAUGAUGAGCUACACGAAGUGGUCGAUCAUGAAGCGGUACGGCACGACGGUGAAUCGGUUCGUCGGCCAGGGCGGUUCUCAAGAUUCUUCCAGGCGUUGUCGCUUUUCUGCUUCAGCAUGCUGGGACUAGUGAUCUCCGGCAACUUUUUGAUGACGUUCGUCUUCUGGGAACUCGUGGGCGUUUGCUCCUGGUUUCUGAUUGGGUUUUAUGUCGAACGUCAUUCGGCAUCGACAGCCGCAAAUAAAGCGUUCAUCGUCAAUCGUGUCGGCGACUUCGGCAUGCUGAUUGGCUUGAUGGCGUGUUUUCGCAAAUGCNNGAAUCACUACGCUUUGACCGUGCCGGACGGAAUGGUUCGCCUGGCCGCUGCUCAGCGGAUUGAAGAGAUGGCACUUGCCGCACCGAAGCCACUCAGCGAGAAAGAGCUGGCUGCCGAAGUCGACGCUUCGAUCGAUGCCUGGCGAGAGGGAACCACCGAAGGAGAUACAACGAAGUAUGGCUAUACGCUGUUGAUCGUGGCUGGACUUGGAAUCUUCUGCGGUUGCGUCGGUAAAAGUGCCCAGUUCCCACUGCAUGUCUGGCUGCCGGACGCGAUGGAAGGGCCGACGCCGGUGUCGGCAUUGGUGCACUCCGCAACGAUGGUUGCCGCUGGCGUGUUUCUCGUCGCGCGGUCGUAUCCGAUCUUCCUGCCGGAAGUGCUGCUGGUGAUUGCCUGCGUAGGUUGCGUGACGCUGCUGCUCGGGGCGACGAUUGCCAUCGUAGCGACCGACAUCAAACGAGUCUUGGCUUAUUCGACCGUUAGCCAGCUGGGCUACAUGAUGUUGGCGCUGGGGGUCGGCGGCUGGGCGGCUGGCGUGAUGCACCUGGUGACACAUGCCUGCUUCAAGAGCCUGCUCUUCUUGUGUUCUGGCUCGGUCAUUCACGCGGUCCAUACCAACGAGAUGCCGCAAAUGGGCGGGCUCAUUCGUAAGAUGCCAUGGACGGGAUACACCAUGCUGGUGGGCUGCUUGGCCAUUGCAGGAAUCGGGAUUCCUUCGAUUGUCGGCUUGCCGAUCGGGUUGAGUGGCUACUACUCGAAAGACGCCAUUUUGGAGCAAGUUUUCUCGUUCCGAAACUUCAAUCCGGCAUGGGGAACACUGUUCUUUGUA